CAAAUAUCAGCCUAUUCUACUGAAAAAACAUAUAGGAAAAGCAUAUUACAUGAAUGGAAUCAGAACUUAUUUUACACCCUUUAGGUUGUAUUUUCUGUUAAUUGAAUUCUAUUUUUUUUUCAUGAAUGAAAACGGUUAAAAUAGCAUUUCUGUUCACCUAUGAAAUAGCUUAUAACAAUAUUAAUCUAAAAAAGAAAAACGGAUGCAUUCAUCAUUUGUAAAUGAAUCCGGAAAUAGAAAGAACUAUUAAUAAAAACAUUCUCUUGUGUAUAAAUGUAUUCUCUGAUGACAUAAUCUAUUUUCAAAUCCAUUCAAAAAUAAACAAGCAUAUCCUAUUGUUCUGUUGCUUGUCUUCCUAAAUGACAGAGCGAUCGUGUCUGCUAUUCCUCAACUCUAAUUACUUACCUUAAUAUCAAAUUAUUGUAAAAACAUUUUUGUUUUUGUUAGUCGAAUACCUUCUUAUUGGAAUUUAAUUCGUGGUUUACAAACUAUUGAUGCUUGUAUUUUAACACAUUUUGAUUAUGAUGUUCUUCCUGGUUUACAAACAAUACUUCAUCGAAAAACAAUACCAUCAUUACAUGAUGGUCGAUUAUGUAAACCAGAUAUAGGAGCUAUUUUUCUUAAUCAUACUCAACGAAUACGAUUUCAAUCAUCAUAUAUAUCAAAAUUACCGUCAAAUAGCAAAUUAUCAGUUAAUUUAUCUCAUAAUAUAGAUCAAUUCGUACAUGAUAUUAAACAAUUAAAUAUUGAAACAUUUGAUUUAAUAAAAUCUAUAUCACCAAAUAAACAUACUAUAGAACCAAUAAAUCUUUAUAAAAAAAUAGCUUUUGGUUCACUUGAUCUUUAUGUAUUAUAUCCAUUACCAUCGUCAAUUGAUGAUGAUAAAUUUUUAGCAACUUUACAAAAAAUUCCAAUUCGUGAUCAACAACCAUCAUCUUCAAUAAUUCCUCUUCAUCAUUGGUAUUCAUCAUGUACACUUCUUGUUUGGACACCAACAUCAAAAUCAACCAAAGAUAGUUUAGUUCGUAUUCUAUAUACAGGUGCAUGUCCACAAACACUCGUCUUUGAAGCAUUAGCUAGAGUUCGUCAUUUGGAUUUAUUACAUGAAUCUCAACAACAUCAAACAAUUCGAGCAAGUAGUAUGAAAACAACAAUAUCAUCUACUAAUAGCAACAUAAAUAUUAAAAAUCCGUCUUCAAAAUCUAAACCGAUAUCAAGUGCUGAAACAACAAAAGUGAUUUCACGCACAAUCACAUCAAAAUCAAAACCUCUAUCAACUACAACUAUAAAAUCAGAUAAUAAAUCUCGAUCAGCACCUACAACAACUAAAACAGAUAAGAAAACAUCUAUUUCAACAACUGAUAGAUCUCUUCAAUCAAUUACUAAUGAUAAGAAGACACAAAAUUCUCGUCAAACAAUAUCAACGAGCAUUACUAAAAUUGAUAAUCACGAACAAGAUAAUGAUCAACAGAAAGAAAUUGAUGAUGAUACUCAAAUAAAACGUCCAGAAUCAUUUUCAUUUAUUGAAAAUACAAAUGAACCAUUUGUUGAUAGUAAUACAGCAACACCACUUGAUGAAAUAAAUUCAAAUUUUAUUUCUACUGAUCCUAUGACAAUAAGUUUUGUUGAUGGUGCACCUAAUACUCGAAAUCCAUUUCUUGAUAAAACUGAUGAUAUAGAAAUAAUUCAUCAUGAUAUAUCAACAACAAAAAAUAUAAUGCCAUCAAUUGAUGAAAUAAAUCCACAAGGUUUACCAAUGGAUGAUGAAAAUCAUUUAAAAAAAUCGACUGUUAGAAAAUCAAGUAUUCCUACAAUGUCAAUUAAUAAUACACGUAAAAUAAAACAAACAUUACCAAUAGGUUCAAUAUUUUAUGUUGAUGUUGCAUAUAUUCCAUAUCAUGGUAAUGAACAUUAUGUUGAUAGUGAAUUUUUUCGUCGUAUACGUGCUCGUUAUUAUAUAUUAAAUGCUGUUGAAAUAAAUCGUCUUACAUUAGAAUCAUUAAUUGAUGGAAAACAACAAUGGGAUAAACAAGAACAAAUACCAGUAACACUUGUACCAACAUAUGAUGGUGAUCAAUUACGACAAUUUUUUGUUAUGAAUAAAACUCGUUUAGCUGAACUUAAUAUAAAUAUAAUUCCAGCAUCAACUCGGUGUAAUGUGCAAUAUGAUGAUGAAGGUUCACCUGCACAACGUUUACGUUUUAGUGAUGAACAAUAA